AUGUGCUUGCCUAUUUUCGACAUCCCCAUUGCACAGUGCACGCUGUCUCGAUUUCGCGUCGGUGGUUCUCCAGCAGGCAGAACCGGUAUUUGUGGCGAUGGGGUGCCAGCCACGGGAAUGGUGCGCCGGAAUCUUCGGAACCUCAGUUGGUCGAGGAGGCCCGUGGUGUCACAGCUGCUUCGUGCGGCCCAUCCCACUCAGCUUUCGUCAUGGACGGCAGGCUCUACACGUACGGCUCCAACCGUCAUGGGAAGAAAUUCCCAGGGUCAGGCCCCGGAUGGUCACCAGCCCUUUCCACAGUCCAUCUCUUUGGGAGGCAACCACUCCGCUGUCAUCACGGAAGGCGGCGUGCUCUGGACCUGGGGAUACGGUGGCAGCUUCUGGUACGGCGGUGGCGCCCUAGGUCUUGGCAAACGCUCGGAGGUCGACAGCCCCGAGAUGGUCAUGAGCUUCGUCAACCACGGGAUGGAAGUCGAGCAGGUACCUGCACCCUUUCCGAGACUGGUUGCCUCUAUGCAGAUGAAUGCAAUGCACAACGCAGCCGGGCUGGAUGACACGGCAAUUGAAGCAACAGCAAAUCAAUUGGACAUGAAACACACUGGCAGCGCAAGUAACCAUCGCUGGAGAUGGAUUCAGAAUGGCAGAACCUAUCUCGCAGACAGCCGACUCUCUUGGGGUAUGGCGGUGGUCCGAGGAGAGAUGAAGCGUUUGGCCCCUGCGCAAAUCUUCGAUUUGAUGGGGCAACUGAGUACCGACGAGAACGGGACUCUGCAAGCGCCUUCAAUCGCCAAUGCUGCCGUAGAGACGACUCGAAUCACCGUCCCUAGCUUCCAAACAACCCUUUCCCCGCAGCAACCUUCUGCCACAUCAAUCUCGGCAUCCCCAUCAAGCACAAGCAUCAUACUGGUGCCUACAACCAACCCCACCUCCACCACAUCCACGCCUGUGCCGGUAUCCAAACCAGCGCUCUCCAACGACAUGCCUUCUGUGUUUUUCCUGGCUGAUCAGCAAAGUUUGCUUCGCAGCAACACCAAGUGCCCGCCAGAAGUUCGUGUCAGCGAGUGGAACGGGAGAAUUGGCAACCAUUUCUUUCAGGUGAGCCAAGCCAUUGUAGCAGCCCUUUUCUGCCACAUUACGCGUGUCAAAUUUCCUCCACAUAUCAGCACACGCUACCAGCAGCAGGAUGGUUUGCUGGACAUGCCUGAAGAGCUUACCUUGCCGGGGGUCGACCGCCAUGAAGAGUUGAAAGUUCCAAACAGCUGUCCCAAGCAGCUAACUCACAAGUGGUAUCACCAGCAUUGCCAGAUGGUACCCGCAUGGCACCACCAGCAGGUAAUGCACAAAUUUCUUUGGCCAUACCUGGGUCAGAACCUUACAGACCUGGUGCAUUCACCGCAGGAAUCUGCAGCCGACGGUGUUCUGACAAUCCAUUUGCGUGCUGAUGAUAUUCGACAGUAUGGCAGGUAUGAGUGGGCCCAGCCACCCUGCAGCAUGUAUCAGAAAAUCAUUUCCGAUUAUGGUUACAAGACCUUGAUGGUCGUAGCAAAGAGCAAUCCUGUGACGCGGCGCUCGGAUGCUGCUUGUGACAGCUGGCUGGUGGACUAUGGGCGUUUACAUGGCAUCAAAAUUCUCCGGCCAAAGGAUAUAUCCUUGGCUGGCGAUUUGGCGACAAUGAUUCGUGCGAAGAAUUUCGUGCUGUCCUUCUCCAGCUUUUCCUUGUCGACCGCGCUGCUCAGCAACGACCUCCAGGAGGUGGGCACGAGCUUUGGAUCUAGCUAUCCAGCUUCUCAAUCCGCACAUCCGCUGGUGAUGUACCGUCGGCGUGACGCGAAAUGGCAUAGCAUAUUGCACGCCAUCGUGAACUGCAAUGUGUGGACAGGCGUCACCCUGUACGAGUACAACACAAGCCUGCAAGAAGAACGGAAAGGUUCGCCAAGCGAGUGGUUGAAGACCUUCCCCUUAGAUCAAAUCACUGGGCCUUUCACUUGUCAAUACGGCAGUGAUAUCCAGCCAGAGAUAUAA